AUGGAGAACACGACCGCUCCACCCGUGGAUCAGCUCGACGAAAAGCACCAACGAUCCAAGUCACCGUCGCAGACCGCAAUUGAAAAUGACGACGGACCUCUUCCACCCCUGGCACCCUUCACGACAACGGCAUCCUACGUCCCCCCGCCACUGCCACCAUGGCGUCGCAAAGCAAUCAUGCUCGCCCUUUGCCUAACACUUCUCCUCUCGGCUCUUGACAUCACGAUCAUCGCCACCGCCCUGCCGACGAUCGCAUCCACACUGCAUGCCUCGGCCGCGCAAUACGCCUGGGUGGGUAGCUCGUACACGCUCUCCAGCACGGCAUCUACUCCAGUAUGGGCCAAGAUGUCAGACAUUUUCGGGCGGAAGGGGACCAUCAUGGCUGCGGCGGCGACAUUCAUGGCAGGAAGUCUUGUCGCGGCGCUGGCUGGCUCGAUCUCCGUCUUGAUUGCCGGAAGGACGAUUCAAGGACUGGGAGGUGGAGGCUCGUUGGUGCUUGUCACGAUUGUGAUUGGGGAUUUGUUCAAGCUGGAGGAAAGAGCGAAGUAUUAUGGCAUGACGGGCAUCGUGUAUGGCAUCGCUAGCGCCGUGGGGCCAGUGCUGGGCGGAGUGUUUACUCAAACCAUUGGUUGGAGAUGGUGCUUCUACAUCAAUCUUCCCUUUGACGGAAUCGCCCUCAUCGUCCUCUUCUUCGUCCUCAAAGUCGAAACUCCGAAAGAACCUUUCAUGACCGGCCUGCGCGAACUCGACUGGACUGGCUUUGCCCUCAUCAUCGGUGGGACGAUCUGCUUUCUCUACGGCCUCGAGACUGGCGCGGGCGGGCUACUGCCAUGGGACUCGGCGCAGGUAAUCUGCCUCAUCCUCUUCGGCGUCGUGAUUCUCGCCCUCUUCAUGGUCUGGGAAGCCCGCUUCGCCUCGAGCCCAAUCAUCCCGUUCCGCAUCUUCCAAAAGAUCACCAACGUCGCGGCUUUUACGUUCUCGUGCAUCCACAGCUUCGUCUUCAUCUCCUACGACUACUUCCUCCCGCUGUACUUCCAGGUCGUCCUCGGUUUCCCCCCAAUUAUUGCCGGUGUCUCGCUCUUUCCGCUCUUGAUCCCGCUCACCGUCAUGACGAUGCUAGGCGGCCUGUUCACGCGAAAGACCGGCAACUACGUCGUCCCCAUCUUCCUCGGCGCCACGCUCAUGACGCUCGGAAAUGGGCUCUUCAUCACCUUCGGCACGACCCCGGACUGGGCCAAGAUUGUCUGCUUCCAGAUCAUCACCGGCAUCGGCGCAGGUGUGCUCUUCCAGAGUCCGAUGAUCGCUAUCCAGACACACACCCAUCAGAAGGAUAUGUCGGCCGCCAUGUCUGCCUUCACGUUCUUCAGGUCGCUGUUCUCGUCCAUGUCGGUGGUCAUUGGGACGGUGCUGCUGCAGCGGAACCUGGGAGGAGGAGGGUUGACGGCGCUUCACUCGGAGGAAACAUCUGUGCAGACGGAAGGCACGGGGAAGGAAGAUUACGUCGCUGCUUUGCAUAUCAUGUGGGCUUUCUUUACUGGUGUUGCUGGGUGUAUGAUCGUUGCUGCUUGUUUUGUCAAGCCGAAGCCGAAGAAGUCGUCACAGACGUCGGCGCCAUAG